GAUGAAAGGUUGUAAACAUGGCGGCGGCCUUGGAGGAGGAUGAACUGGACAACGAUGAUUACUACUCCCUGUUAAACGUGCGGAGGGAGGCCACACAAGAAGAACUCAAGGCAUCAUAUCGCCGUCUUUGUAUGCUCUACCACCCCGAUAAACAUAGAGAUCCUGACCUGAAGAGACAGGCAGAACAGCUUUUUAACUUGGUACACCAGGCAUAUGAAGUUCUAAGUGACCCACAGUCUAGGGCUAUCUAUGACAUAUAUGGGAAAAGAGGCCUCGAGGUGGAAGGAUGGGAGGUAGUAGAGAGGAAAAGAACACCAGCCGAGAUCCGAGAAGAGUUUGAGCGUCUUCAGCGAGAGCGAGAGGAGAGAAGACUGCAGCAGAGGACCAACCCUAAGGGGACAAUCAGUGUGGGUGUGGAUGCCACAGACCUUUUUGACCGCUAUGAAGAAGAUUACGAGGAGAUUUCUGGUGGCAGCUUACCCCACAUUGAGAUUAACAAGAUGCAUAUAUCUCAGUCCAUCGAGGCACCUCUGACCACAUCAGACACAGCCAUACUUUCUGGUUCCCUUUCCACACACAAUGGCAAUGGUGGUGGAAACAUUAGCUUGGCGCUCCGACGGGUGACCUCGGCAAAAGGCUGGGGGGAGGUUGAAUUAGGAGCUGGAGACACACACGGCCCUCUUUUUGGGUUGAAGAUGUUCCGCAACCUGACACCUCGCUGCUUCAUGACUGCUCAGUGCGCGAUGCAGUUUUCAUCGCACGGUGUGCGGCCAGGUGUAACCACUGUGCUCGCUCGCCACCUAGAUAAGAACACUAUGGGAUACCUGCAGUGGCGCUGGGGCACUCAGUCCUCCAUGAACACCAGCAUUGUCAGAGACACAAAGACCAGCCACUUCACCUUUGCUGUGCAGCUGGGGGUCCCACACACUUUCGUUAUGAUGAGUUACCAGUACAAAUUCCAAGACGAUGAUCAGACCAAGAUUAAGGGCUCUGUCAAAUCAGGGUUUUUCGGCACGGUGGUAGAGUAUGGCGCUGAGGCUAAAAUCAGCCGACACAGUGUUCUGGGUGCUACCGUCAGUGUUGGAGUACCACAAGGUGUCUCCCUCAAGAUCAAGUUGAACAGAGCCAGCCAGACGUACUUCUUUCCAAUCCACCUGACAGACCAGCUCCUCCCCAGUGCAGUGUUCUAUGCUACUGUUGGACCUCUUGUGUUUUACUUAGCCAUCCAGAGGCUUGUUAUCAAGCCUUACGUGUGUGCCCAGAAAGAGCAAGAACUGGAGAAACAGAGGGAAAGUGCCGCCUCUGAUGUUGCCAAGAAGAAGCAGGAGGCAGAAUCUGCUGUUUUGCUGAUGCAGGAGUCUGUGCGCCGAAUUAUUGAAGCCGAAGAGUCCAGAAUGGGCCUCAUUAUACUCAAUGCCUGGUAUGGGAAAUUUGUGACCGACAACAGCAGGAAGCAUGAAAGAGCAAGAGUCAUCGACGUGACAGUUCCUCUUCAGUGCCUGGUGAAGGACUCAAAACUCAUUCUCACAGAGGCCUCGAAGUGUGGCCUGCCGGGCUUCUACGACCCCUGUGUGGGGGAGGAGAAGAGUCUCAAGGUUCUGUAUCAGUUCAGAGGAGUAAUGCACCAGGUUGUAGCUGGUGACACUGAAGCACUCAGGAUACCAAAACAAUCUCACCGGAUUGAUAAUGACACUUAGGAAACGUUUAUCUUCAAGGUUGGAAGGCGCAGCCUGGACUGGCACAGAGGAGAGAUGGAUGUUGUGUUAUAAUGACUUGGAUAUUCCCUGUGGCCUAAAAAGUCAUUCAUAUGCAUAUAUAUCCAUUAUUUUGUGCCGUUUUAAUUGUUAUGCAAAGAGGCAUGUUUAGAAGCCAAGUUCACAGGAAUAGUGCAUGAAAAUUUGAUUAAUUUCCCCCACUUGAAAAUGAUGACCCUCUCAGAAAAAAAAGUUCAAUUUAACCCUGUCUUAUAUAAACAAAUCCCCUUCCCACUGGAAGAAAGAUUAGGGAAAGUAUCCUGUUCUACAUAGGACCGAACUGUACUGGAGAAUCUCCAAGACACAGCAGUGACUGUGUCCAUCCCUCCUGUGAUGGAACCUUUACCUGUACUGUACAGCCACCGGAGGAUGAGUAGACUUCAAAACCAUGUCAGUCACACUAAAACUGCAGAGUUGUCAGCGUCCACUCUUUGGUUAAUCAUAUUUUUUUAAACACCAGCAUAGAAAAUGAAUGAAACCAUUGAACUGGACAAGAUAGAAUUGCCCUGCAUUUGAGGUAAAAUUCAGUUAUUUGUUUGGCUAAUUCUAAUAAGCAAUCGUCUUUGCAUUUUAUUAAAGCCCAGUCUCUGCAUCUUGUCAGUCUUGAAAACUCAUCAUAUUGCAGAUAUGCCUAUGAACUCUGUUCCAUUAAAAAUGUUUUAGAAUCCAUUGACUGGUCAGACCAAAUUAGUAAACAUACCUUGCUCAGACGUAAAUAGUAUCAGCACUGAUGAAUAAUAAACAAUGGUGUAAAAUCUAAAAUCUCCCCUUACCUUUUAUUUCACAGCAGGCCUAAACACACAUUAAAGUACUUUUAGUGGCAUACGACAAAAAAAUGAACCAAUUGCCUGCUUCCAUGGUCAGUCUGAAACUGCUGGUAAUUGUUAAUUAGGAAAAGGUAGCUAAUAAAGGUGAACUGUUUAAAAGCCUUUUAUUGAAAGGCCUGGAUGUACAGUAUCUGUGUUUCAAGAGUUACCUCUUACUAUGUGGGUGGUGGAAAUGAAAUAAAUCCUUGAAGUAAAAGAAAAUCA